AUGAAGACCGACGAGAGGGACUCUCCCUCUGUUGACCAGCUUGAGAAUGCUCAAACUGCUCCUAUAAUUAUCCCUACAGAAAUCAUUGACAAAAUUCACAAUGGCGAUGAUGCACUACAAUUCCUCCAGCAGGGUCAUGAGCCCUACUCAAAGGAGGAGGAGAAGCGUGUUCUCCGGAAGGUGGAUAUAAGAAUGCUCACAUUGAUGCUUAUUGUGAACGGAUUUCAAUUCGUGGAUAAGAAUACCCUAUCUUAUGCUGGAACAUAUGGUCUCGAGACUGAGGCGCACUUGGUCGGACAACAAUACAGUCUGCUCACAACAAUCUUCUAUAUUGGAUACCUGGCUGCUCAAUGGCCGGCCAAUUGGUUAAUGCAGAGAUUCCCAAUCUCGAAAGUUUUAUGUAUCACAUUUGUGCUCUGGGGUGCUACCUUGACAGCAACCGGAGCCUGCACAACAUUCCGCUCCCUGGCGACCGUUCGACUCCUCCUCGGAAUAUUCGAAUCCGCCCUGAACCCCGGCUUUGUGUUGAUCACAUCAUCCUGGUGGAAGCGUGAAGAGCAGCCCGCCCGUGUUGGACUUUGGUACAGUGCCAAUGGUUUGAUCGGUGCGCCUUCGGGGGCAAUCUUUUAUGCCAUCGCGCAUCUUCACGCACGUGGCUUGUUCGCCUACCAAUGGAUGUUCAUUAUCUUUGGAUCCGUAACAGUCUGCUUCGGUAUCUCUCUCUGGUGGCUCCUGCCCUCCACCCCAAUGACUGCUGGAUUCCUGACAGAGCGAGAGCGAUUCAUCGUCGUGGAUCGUCUCAAGAGCAAUAAAACCGGUGUGAAGAACAGCAAUAUCAAGGGAGAGCAGUUCAAGGAGACUUUGCUCGAUAUCCGUGUUUGGAUGCUUGUUUUGGCCAUCUUCUGCCACAACAUGACCAACAGUCUCCAGACAACCUUCAUGGGAAUCAUCAUCAAGGGCUUCGGAUAUAGUACCUACGAAGCCGUUCUGCUGAACAUUCCCCCCGGAAUCAUCAUGGCCACCAGCAUGAUCCUCGUCAGCUUAUUCCUGUCCUCCAAGUGGGGCAAGAAUAAGCGAAUCUUCUGCAUGAUCCUUUGCUACUGUCCUGGAAUCAUCUCUGCAUCCAUCUUAUACUGCAGCCCCAUCGAGGCUUCGACAAAGCACUUGCAUCUCUUUGCCAUCUUCAUUGUGCCUAUUGUUGCAGUUAGCGCGGGUAUCAUGUACUCUCUCCUUGCGAGUAAUGUCGCCGGUUAUUCGAAGAAAGUCAUGGUUGGUGCCAUGUUCUUCUCGUCUAACUGUAUUGCCAAUAUUAUCUCGCCGCAGACCUUCAUUACCGCACAGGCGCCCAAGUACACCACUGGUAUGGUGACCUCGCUGUGCAUGUUUGUGGCAUGCAUCUUGAUUUUCUCCGUUCUCUACAUCCUCUAUAGCCUGGAAAACAAGAAACGAGAGCUGGAGGAUGUCGCUGAAAUGACCGAAGAGAUGGAGCUGGCAAAUGCUUUUGCAGAUUUGACAGACCGACAGAACAUUUCGUUCAGAUAUACGCUGUAG